GAGAUAAAAGCUGACUCAUGCAAUAUUUCCGUGGAAGACGCUGCACAGACUAGUAAAAAAACACUUCUUGUCUUGCCUGACUGGGCGCCCAGUGCGGCCACUGCAGGAGCCAAAGACAGACGUGUUCAGCCUGGGUGGAGAGCAGAUGGACACCACCGGUUGCAACUUGAAGUGCCAUCAGCUGUAACUCAAGUUCCUGAUCCAAGGACCACAGCUGAACCUUCCCAGUUCCCAGAACCCAAUACCAUGGAGCUUUCUGACAGCGACCGGCCCAUCAGCUUCGGCUCCACCUCAUCGUCAGCCUCCUCCAGGGACAGCCAUGGUUCCUUUGGCAGCAGAAUGACUUUGGUUUCAAAUAGCCACCUGGGCUUAUUUCACCAGGAUAAAGAAGCUGGGGCCAUAAAGCUGGAGCUGAUUCCAGCACGGCCGUUUUCCAGCAGCGAGCUGCAGAGGGACAACCCUUCCGGGCCACAGAACAUGGACAGGGUCAGCGAGAGGCAGCCCAGGACUCCGUGGAGAGUGGAUACGAAUGGGACACCCCAAACUACUGCAGACUCAGCCACCAGCCCCAAGCUUCUCUAUGUGGAUCGAGUUGUACAGGAAAUCCUGGAGACAGAGAGGACCUACGUGCAAGAUCUAAAAAGCAUUGUGGAGGAUUACCUCGCGUGCAUCCAGGACCAAACAGUGCUCCCUCUGGGGACUGAAGACAGGGCUGCUCUCUUCGGAAACAUCCAGGAUAUCUACCACUUUAAUAGUGAACUUCUUCAAGAUCUGGAAAACUGUGAAAAUGAUCCUGUGGCCAUAGCAGAAUGUUUUGUGUCCAAGAGUGAAGAGUUCCACAUUUAUACCCAGUAUUGCACCAACUACCCCAGGUCUGUGGCUGUGCUAACUGAGUGCAUGAGGAACAAGAUGCUGGCGAAGUUCUUCCAAGAGCGCCAGGAAACUCUGAAACACUCACUGCCCCUAGGCUCCUAUCUCCUAAAACCAGUUCAGCGCAUCCUCAAGUACCAUCUCCUUCUGCAUGAAAUAGAGAAUCACCUUGACAAGGACACAGAAGGCUAUGACGUUGUGCUGGAUGCCAUAGACACGAUGCAGCGAGUGGCCUGGCACAUCAAUGACAUGAAACGCAAGCACGAACACGCUGUCCGCUUGCAGGAGAUCCAGAGCUUGCUGACUAACUGGAAGGGGCCAGACCUCACCAGCUUCGGGGAACUGGUGCUUGAGGGAACCUUCCGCAUCCAGAGGGCGAAAAACGAGAGGACGCUUUUCCUCCUGGACAAGCUGCUGCUCAUCACAAAGAAGAGAGAUGACACCUUUACCCACAAAGCUCACAUCCUGUGUCGCAACCUCAUGCUGGUGGAGGUUAUACCAAAGGAGCCGCUCAGCUUCAGUGUCUUCCACUACAAGAACCCCAAGCUGCAGCACACAGUUCAGGCCAAAUCCCAGCAAGACAAACGCCUCUGGGUUCUGCACCUGAAGAGGCUGAUUCUGGAGAACCAUGUAGCAAAGAUCCCUGCUAAGGCCAAGCAAGCAUUACUUGAAAUGGACGCCAUCCACCAUCCAGGCUUCUGUUACAGCCCUGAGGGAGAGAUGAAGACACCAUGUGGCUCCAAAGAAGGUGCUGCACCUUAUCGGCUGAGACGGAAGUCAGAGCCUUCCUCACGAUCACACAAAGUGUUGAAGACCAGCGAAACGGCACAGGAUAUCCAGAAGGUUUCUAGAGUGGAGAGCUCUUCCCAGCUGACUUCCGCCACACCUUCUCCUGCCCAGAGGAACAGCCAGCCAGGCAGCACCGCCAUGAUCAGCAUGCUUCCUGGGGGAGGCGGUAUCCGAAGCCUCUGGGCGGAUCACCAACUCAGGCAGCCCUUGUUUCCCAGCCGCCGGUCUCCGCAGGAGGACGAGGAAGAUGGCGGUGACUACCAGAUGUUUGUCCCGUCCUUUUCUUCCUCGGAUCUCAAUUCCACCAGGUUGUGUGAAGAGAACGCCUCAAGUCGUCCUUGCAGCUGGCAUCUGGGGCUGAUUGAGCCCACAGAGAUCUCCAGCUCUGGUCACAGGGUUGUCCGACGGGCCAGCAGUGCUGGCGAAAGCAACACGUGUCCUCCUGAAGUAAGAACUAGGGACAGUAGUGGCUCUCAGUGCUGUGCCAGGAGAGACCUGCAGAACAGCCCUCAACCAGGAGGACAGGGAGGGAUGGCUUCCUUUGGGUCAUCUGUAGAGUUGACCAUCGAUGAUAUAGACCAUGUCUAUGAUAACAUUAGUUUUGAAGACUUAAAGUUAAUGGUUGCUAAGCGGGGGGAGCCUGAAUCCUCUCUCUUCAAACCAUCCAGAGACACUGUCCGCCCCAAGAGCACCCCAGAGUUAGCUUUCUCUAAGAGGCAGGCUAGCCACAGUACAAGCUCUCUCCACCCAAAGAAAGAGGCAGCUCCCAGUGGUCAAGAGGAAUUGAGCCAAAGCAUACAUGAACUCCAGGUAGUGGAAGAAAAUAUCUAUGACACCAUAGGGCUUCCGGACCCGCCGUCGCUGAACUUCAAGUGCAGCAGCAGCCUGAAGCAGCCCAAAAGGAGCACCUUCCUGGGUCUGGAAGCUGACUUCGCCUGCUGUGACAGCCUGAGACCGUUUGUCUCCCAGGAUAGCCUCCAGUUCAGUGAAGAUGAUGGAUCUUACCACCAGGGACCCCCUAAUACUGAUUAUUUGAGUUUGUUAUAUGACUCUCCCCGCUGUAACUUGCCUAUUGCAGAUAAGGCUCUCUCGGACAAAUUGUCUGAAGAAGUCGAUGAAAUCUGGAAUGACCUGGAAAAUUACAUCAAGAAAAAUGAAGACAAAGCAAGAGACCGUCUCCUCGCGGCAUUUCCCGUGAGCAAAGAUGACGACGAGCCAGAGAGGCUGUAUACUGAGAGCACCCGUGAGCUGAGCAGAGAUGCAGGUCGUGCCACGUCAAUGAUGUCCCUUCCUGGGAGCCAGGCUUUCCUCACACCUGGAAAGAGAAGGGCUGUGAGAGCCAGCAGGGCCAACUGUUCCCUUGAUGAUGACUUGAUUUCUACAGAAGGCUCCUUCCUGAGUCUUCACCAACUCUCUCUGGGCAGUGAAGUACCUCCCGUGGACAGUCCCUACGACCUGGCCAACUGCAGCCUGCCCCAAACAGACCCAGAAACCCCUGACCCUGGCAUGGAGGCCACCGAUAAGACCAAGAGCAGGGUCUUUAUGAUGGCAAGGCAGUAUAGUCAAAAGAUUAAGAAGGCAAAUCAGCUUUUGAAAGUGAAAAGCCCAGAGGUGGAGCAGCCACUGUCCAGUCAGCAUAAGCCCAUUCACAAAGACCUGGCGGCCAUCUUGGAAGAGAAGAGGCAAGGAGGGCCUGCCAUUGGUGCCAGGAUUGCUGAAUAUUCCCAACUGUAUGACCAGAUUGUGUUCAGAGAGACACCCCUUAAAGCUCAGAAGGAUGGCUGGGCCAGCACCCAAGAACCCACCCUCCUCACGCCCGAAUCACCUUCCCAGGCCCAGUGCACUGGUGAGGACUGGCUUUGGCACUCACCCUACAGUAACGGAGAGUUGGCAGAUUUCUCUGCCCAAGCAGAGCAAGACUCAAAGUCAAAAUAUCCCACCACAUUAGAUAGCAUCACAAAAAGUAUUCCCAGACAGCUGUCGGCCGCUUGUUCAGUGGCUUCUCUGCAACUGUUAGACCCUCCGCUGGGCUCUGUGCCACAGAGGUGCAGCGUGGUGGUCAACCAGCCGCACAAAGAGAACUCCUGUCAGGGCCAUCUUUACAACUCACUGGGUCGCAAAGCAAUCAAUGCUAAAUCCCAGGCUUACAGCAGACCCCAGUCAUCUUCCUCAAUCUCGAUAAACAAAUCCCUGGACUCCAUCAACUACCCCAGUGAGAUGGAAAAGAAGCAACUGCUGUCUUUACAGAAGACUUCCAGAGGUGCGAGCCAGCAGGACUUGCUGUCAGGGUUCACAGACUCAUGUCAACAGAACACUGGCAAACGCUCCGAUCUGACGCUCCAAGACUCACAGAAAGUGCUGGUGGUAAAUAGAAAUGUACCCUUAAGCGCCCAAAUAGCAACACAGAACUACCUUUCUAAUUUUAAAGAGACCGAGGGAGAUGAAGAUGACUAUGUGGAAAUCAAGUCAGAAGAGGACGAGGUGGGGCUAGAUCUCUUUCCCAGUCGGGACAGGAAGUCUGACUCAAAGAUCCCAGACCCUGACUGUUCUGGUAACAUCUGUAGCCACAGCACACCUUGCUCUUUGAAGGAGGCAGUGAGUGGCAGGCAUGGGCUUCCUCCUUACCUGACAGCAUUUAAAGACUCCGACAAACUGAAUGAUUAUCUGUGGAGGGGCCCAUCGCCCAAUCAGCAAAACAUUGUCCAGUCUCUGAGGGAGAAAUUUCAGUGUCUUAGCUCAAGCAGUUUUGCCUAGGUUUUAUUUUUGUUUUUCUUUUUCUUUUAAAUAUAUGUACCAGUUUUAAACAAUUUUGUAAUAAUAAAAGGGUUAAAAUGUGCUUUUCUUUACAGCACAACUCUUUGAGCGGGCUGAUCACGGCAUUUAUGCUCCAUAUCCUGACAAUAGCACCCAUACAACUCUCAGAUUACCCACCUCCCCCACACACCUGUGACUCAGAAGCAGCUCGAGUCUCUUUCACAGAUUUUAAAAAGAGAGACUAGAGUUAUUUAAAGAAUUAUGCUUAUAUGUGGCAUCUCUAUAUUUGUUGCAAGACUCAAGAGUGACGUAUGUAUGCCAGAGAUCUCUGAUUAGAAUAUAGCCUCUUCACGUAUUUUA